AUGAUGUUUGUUUUCCCUGCUUACAAUAGUAGUUAUAAGUCCCGAAAGAGAACCUUUCGGUGCUGUCAAACUUGCCGGAUGAAGCGUAUCCGCUGCUUUCUGACUGGCGAAUAUGAAACUCAUGGAUGUGAUGUCUGCAGACGGAAGGGGCUCCACUGUGAUUUGAUCAAACAGCAGCAUGACAAAAUUUCUGUGCAGCAGAAAGCUUCUUUUGUCCCCGAUUUCAAGUUAGAGACUCCCAUCAGCCUUCCUCAUUCAAGUCGAAUCAGUGAAACUCCUAUGUCAUCCCAAUCUAGUCCGAAUAGGUCUUCAUAUAUAAUGGAUCCAAUUCGAUAUUCAACUGGCAAUGUGCCCCCUUUGCCUAAAGAGAAUAUGUCGCCAUCGAGAUCUAAAUCUGAGGACUUAUCAAGUUAUACUAAUCAGACACAUUCUAUUCCGCCGCAGCCGCAGCAGCCGCAGGCUUUUUACCCAAAUAUCCUUGCUUCUUCGGGCUCUCCUAUGCAACAUGAAAAGCUAUUCGACACCCUGUUUGCAAACCCAUUCGCACCUGUCCAAGAAGAAAAUCAAGAAAUCAAGUCCGAGGCAAGAGACGGGCCCCGAUCCAAUACCAGUCUGUCCACUUCUUGGUUUAGUUCUCCUCGCACUUUCAAUCCCGAUAAUAUCGAAGAAAUUAUCCACAAGGUAGAUUGGAAAUUUUUGAAGCGGGUCUUUGACUUCAACACUAGCAUCAAAGAAACUGCAGUAUAUUUUGCUAAAACAUUGAGCCGGAAAGAUGCCGAUACUAAAUGGGAGAGCUUGACGGAAAUAUUGUCGAAAAGGCAUCGCCACAAAACAAGAUAUCUAUCUUCUCGUAAUUGUCUUCAUUUUAAAUUUUUGUUAUCGAUCCAUGCAUUCACAUUGAAUACUCCGGGUUUCUUUGAAGUCAGUCAGUCAGACUUAUUGAAACUUUAUGAAAUAUAUUUUUACAAGGUUAAUUCAGUAUUUCCCAUUGUUCAUGAGCAAGAAUUUUGGGAGUUAUACAAAAAAAACAAGAUCCCCAACAUAAUGGCAUAUGCCAUGAUCAUCAUAGCAGCUAGGGACGAAUUAUCAGAACUGAUUUUGAGAAGGUCAUUUUGCACGAGCACUGGUCUGUUCAAAGACAAGCAAAACAGGUUCAUAUAUGAGUUGGAGGUAAAAGUUCGUCAGCUUCUCUUGUUCUUGCCUGAGCUUGGAGAUACAGAAAAGCUCACUAGGUUGACGACACAGUUAUUGUUAUGUCUCAACUUUACAUUCAACAAGUUUGGAAAUGAGCAAAGCUCUCAUGAUCUUUUUGAUUGCGUGAGUUAUUCAUUCUCUUUGCUCAUCCACCACGAUUUCUUCCACGAGCGAAUUAUCAAAGAAGGUGUCAAAAAUAAAUCUACCUAUCUUAAACAUUUGUGGUGGGUGAUCUUCAUUCUUGAUAGGUUCAAUGCCUUGUUGAAUGGUAAAGCAGUUGUUAUUAAAAGGCCCGACUUUAAUAUUGGGCGGCCAACAGAUUUACCUCACCUUGAUAGGAUUGUGGGAAUCGCAUAUGCAUUAGAAGAUACUCUUAUCGAGGCUUUCAGACCUCCAAGAGUAUUUAACGGUGUUAAAAGUAUCAAAGCAGAAACGCUCCCAGGCGAUCCUAUAUUUGUGCCUUCGGAGUAUCUAAAAGAUGAUGGUGCCGACAGGAUAGAAAAGGUUCGAGCAAAAUUUAUGGAGCAUGACUACGACAAAUCAAAGAAAAUCGGAUGUCUUCCAGCCAUGCCUGUAAGUGCUUACAGGGAUCGCCAUGUUCUCUUCUUGGAGGAAAUCAUGAAAAACCAAAUCGGGUUGAUUUUAAGAACGGGCCAAGUUAAAUACCUGAAGAGUUGUCCCGAGAUCGACGAACCUAGUCUUCGUUUAAGUGAAUCAUUUGUGAAACUAUUGGAUAUGCUCAAGGAUGGCAGAGGUUACGAGCUAGUUAUGCCUAUUCCAUUAAUUCCACUGAUUAUGCUUGUGUCUUUUUCGGUGCCUCUUACAAGCCGUAUGAGACUCCUUUCGAAAUUGAAAGGCAUUCCAUCUGACUCACUCGCUUAUGCCAAGAUGACGAGAGUAGGAGAUUUAUGCAACAAGUUUAUACAAGAGUUGAACAUAUUGAGCGAAAACUGGUGGUUUGUGCAUGAGGUUAUGGUCUCCAUCCAGAGCUUGAACCAGAAGGCAAACAAAUCGAUGGAGAACCGUGAGAAAAUUCUUGCUAUACGAAAAGCGGCCAAAGCCGAUGAAGAAAUCAAAAGACACAAACUCUCGAUCAAGUCGUUGGUGUCUAGUAAAUCAGAUGACGAAAGCGCUAUUCCUCUGAUGCUCUCGAUCACGUCUCCAGGUUUCUACGACGAAGUCAUUGUUCUGAGUGGCGACGAGGACCAAGAAGAAGAGAAAGAUGGCGAUUCCCCAUCUACUGACGACCAAGAUGAACAGUAUGCUUUCCAAGACCACCUUCUUGUACCUCCAGUAAUUGGUAGUGCAUCGUUUACGAAUUACGCGGAUACCGAUGAAGCUCCAGAUGUGCGAGGCCUGCUUCUGGGCUUGGAAAACGCACACCCAUUUAGCGACAAUCCCUUCCAGUUUGCUAACGAAGGCAUGCCAUGGGAUGCGGGAUUUGUUGCGGGCCAUAUAAAUGAUGAAACCAGUUUUUUGCCAAACAUUCUACAUUUUUUCAACGAACAGCCAAUGAGCAUGUGA